AAAAUAACGAACUCUUUCUCUAUCUUUUAAUCCCUGUGCUUAAGCUUCACUGUACUGAAAAUGGACUCUCUCGCUCUAAUCUCAACGCCUUUCUAUCCUCACCGCGCUUGUUUUUCUGCCCAACUCCGCCACCGCCAGAAUGGUCUCCUCCGCCACCCUUCUCGAAGGCCCGGACUGCCCUCGAUCAAAUGCGUUCUCGAUUCUCACCCACCUACAACCCUGAAACCCCUCUCCGACUCUCAAUCCCUAGACACAAGAGACAGCCUUUCACUCCUUAUCAACUCGGCCCAGAGAAUGCCGCCCAAUACAAUGCGUGGAGGUGAGGGAGACGCCAUAGGUUUACUGUUAAAGGAGAGGAUCGUCUUUUUGGGGAACGAGAUCGAUGACUUCGUAGCUGACGCUGUUAUGAGCCAGUUGUUGCUGUUAGAUUCUCAGGACCCCACUAGAGAUAUUAGGCUCUUCAUCAAUUGCCCUGGUGGUUCACUAAGUGCCACGAUGGCUAUUUUGGAUGUUGUACAGCUGGUAAGAGCUGAUGUAUCAACAGUUGCCCUCGGAAUUUCAGCAUCCACAGCUUCUCUAAUACUUGCUGGUGGCACAAAAGGGAAGCGUUUGGCUAUGCCUAAUACCCGAAUUAUGAUACAUCAACCACUUGGAGGUGCGAGUGGGCAGGUAAUUGAUGUUGAAAUUCAGGCCCGAGAAAUCAUGCAUAACAAACAAAAUGUAAUAAGGAUACUUUCCAAUUCCACUGGUCGAUCAUCUGAACAAGUUGAGAAAGAUAUCGAUAGAGAUCGCUACAUGUCCCCGAUUGAAGCAGUGGAGUAUGGCCUUAUUGAUGGAGUUAUUGAUAGAGAAAGCAUUAUUCCACUGGAACCCGUUCCUGAACGGGUUCAAGCUACAUUGAGCUCAGAAAUCACUAAAGAUCCGGAGAAGUUCCUUGCUCCAGAUAUCCCUGAUGAUGAAUUAUAUUAGCUGGUGUGGAAUGGCACUUUGAGGUACAUAUUUCUUUUGCCGUAUUAUCAUUAUUAUGAGGUUAAGUGAAGUUUGUGAAGAUGAACUGAGAUAAGUUUGCAUUUAAUCCUCAUAGAUUCAUAGCCAUGAAGAUAUGGACACUGUAAUUGGUAGCUUUAUGCACUUAGUAACAUUAGACAAUUGCAUUUCUUUCUUUCCUCAAAUCUCAUGUAUAGCUUUAUCACAUGAACUUUUGGCUGUGUGAACUGUGAAGUAAUAACUAUUGUACUCAUAGUUUGUAAUUAUCAGCAACCUACUAAUGCCCAGUGGCAGUUUGGUAAUGCCUAUUGAAGCAAUAAAAUCUUGGCAGUUUGUAAUUUCAGCUCAUCAACCAGACUCUAUUGGCCAAACAACAAUUAUUUGGCAAUGCAUAUUGUAUUGGUCAAUAGUGGAAAAUAGUAGGGUCGUAGUUGCUAGAGAUCAUCAUUUUUGUUUUUCUCAUAGUUUUCUAAAAACAUUCCUCAUUUUUGAAUUGCACUUACUUUUUCUUGACAUUAUUGGAUUCUCUCUUAAAACUUGAGAGGAAACACAUUAGUUGUUCUCAAUGAUGGGUGGGCAUACAUUACAACAAGAUACUCUGUCAUCACUUAUUCACUUAUAUGAAUUUCAAGUGACGGUGUCCUGUUUGUAUCAACAUUUAGCCCGUGAGCUCAUGAGCCUGUGGGGACCUGCCCAUCCCGUUUGCUAGAAAGCCCAGCCCACUAUUUGAUGGGGCAGGCAUGAGGUAGGCUAGUUGAAACCCUGCCCAACCCAUUGGCCCAAACCGUCAUAGCUCAUUCAAACUCUGCCCCUUAACCCCAACUAAGCCCAGCCCGGAAUCCCAUUUAUACACUUCAUUAUUUUUGAUUAAUUAUUUACUAAAUCCAUACGUUAGUAAUAUAGAAUAAUAUUAGCAUGGUAGCUGUACAGGGUUACUCGCUUAUCCAGUGCACACUCACUCUAGGCUAUUUUGCUAGUCUUGCCUUUUUGCCAUUGGUUGUCGAUUAUCAAAAUACAAAAUCUAUGGAAAAAUAAGUGUGGUAUUUGUACAUCUCCAUCCUAGAGUGUCUUGUCAAAAUCAUAGAUGUAGAUAAGUUUGAACUUUUAUUAAAUAUUUUACAUUUUCUGGAGGAUCAAAUUUUUUUUUUCACUAAGUUGAUUACUUGUCCUUACCUCGAUGGGAGCCUUUGCGCCACUUGGGUAAUGAUGAUUACUAAGUUGAUUACUUGUAUUUUUGUGAUACAUAAAGUGAAGAACUUUAUAUUUCUUGUAAGCCCAUUUACACUCAACCCUAUUAGUGCAUGUGGGCCGGGCCGAUCUUAACUCUUAAGACAAACUAUGUAGACAAAUUAUGGCUACAAUUGUUUUACAAAAGCACGACCCAGCCCCAUUAGUUAAUUUGUUUUAUAUGAGCCCCGCCCAGCCCAGCCCAGCCCCAUCAAUUCGUGCAGGUAAAACCUAGAAACUUGAUUGUCUUCUUAUCUGUUUGUAUUUAACAGUUCAUGCAUUUCCCCUUAGGGGAAAAUAAAUAAUAUACCCCGAACUUUGCCUUGGUGUGAGCUCCCCACCCCGUACUUGUCCUGAUUUAAAAAUACCCCAACUUUAUUUAUUUAAAUUUUUUGUACCAUAUUUAAUUAACAAAUAAUAUUUCUCAAAUUAAAACCUGUUAAAUAGAUUUAGUUGGGAAAAAAAGAUGCAUGAUUCCCCAAAAAAUGUGUACUUUCUUUGAUGAUUUAGUAAAACAUGGGGCAUAAACAUCUCAACUUUACAAAGUAUGAGAUAUUUAUACAAUAUGGACAAGUUUGGGGUGGGGAUAUCACACCAAUGCAAAGUUUAGGGUACUUUAUUUAUUUUCCCCUUACUGUUUAUGUGUCAACUGAACUUUCAAUCCUAUAUGUUUUAUCAUAUGCGCACUAUUGAUACCAAUUUUUUUAAAGGUAACCUGUCACUCAUUUUAUUCUUCCAACUGACGAGCUCUUCUGAAUUACGACUCUUGGAUCUCAUUUUCUUGAAGAAGGCAUUGAUGCAUUUCCAGAAUUACCAACUUCCGUGUUGUAGAUUUGCAUUGACAAUAUGUUUCGACCCGCAGCAUUUUUCUUGAAAACAUUGAAGCUCGUUGACCGUAAGAGGAUUGAAUAUUCAACUUGCAAGCGUUUAUGGUUUGGAUAUGGAUGAAACUUCAAAGUUUGGAUAUUCUAUGUAUGGUAUAAUCACUACAAUGUCAAGAGGAACUGACUCUUGUAUUUAUAUAUAAGUCUUAGUCUAGUAAAUGGUUUCAUGCAUACCCAAACUAUUAAGUAAUUUUCUGCAACAAUGCAAGUAGAGCUGUCAGUUACUACAAAAUAGAUUUUUCCCCUUUGAAUCAGAUAAAUUAACCCUUGGCCAGGGUACAAUAAAACACAGCGCAAUCUCUGACCUU